AUGUCCGACGACCCCCCGCGACGCAUCAUCCUUGAAAAAUCGAGCACGGUCCGACGCCGGUACCAGCGCAGCAACAAGCGGUUCCAGUUCACCCCAGCGCAACUGGCCCAGAUCGAACGCGAAGAGAAAGCCAACGCCCGGGCUAAGAAUCUGCGUGAAAAGGAAAAACAACGGGUCGCAAAGAGGAAGCAAAAGGCCGAGAAGGAGGCCAAGGCUCGCGAGGAGCGCAAACGACUUGGUCUGCCCGAUCCCAACGCCCCGAAGGUCCCGUCGAGCCAACCGUUGCUCUCAAAUUUCUUAUGCAGAAAACCGCCCGCUCAAGAACCUACCAAGGAAGAAACCCCUGAGACCGAUCCCGAUCCUACGACUACGGAAACAGACGAACAUAACGAUGGCGGCGACACUGAGGUAGACUCGGAGUUGGAUGACUUGGACGAAGAAAUGGAGAAGGAAUUCUCCAAUCUCGACGAUGCACGCCCUCUGGGAGAUCUCGGAACCCAUGAUGCCAACGAUACUAGCAAAGAGAGCUUGCUUUCUGGGCACAACGAUGAUGACGACGAGUUCUCCGACUGCUCCGCAUUCGACGACGAAUAUAUCAUGAAAGAGGCUGAGGCAGUUGCGGCCAUGCGAUCAACACACCGGAUCUCUUUCACCAAUAACCGCUCUAUAACCAACCCUGCACUUUUGCAGCCACCGAGCAUCCCCCAUAAAGCAGCUACCCCGAUAGCUUCAUUUGGAGACUCCUUCCGCGACGACACCGCAGACUAUCUUGAAGAAGUCUUUGCGCGCGGCUGCGGUGAUUCAUUUGGCGAGCUUGUUGGACUCUAG